GAGAGAGAGGCGUAUGGGUACCGUGAGACCUCUCUUUCUCCUUUGCCUUUUUUUUUCUUUUCUAUUGCCUCUGUCUCGCCGGAGUAAGAGCGCGGAGCAGAACGUCGAGCGCAGCGAGGCGAAGCGGGAGAGAGGCAAUGUCUACUUCGCCCGAUGUAGAUUCAGUCGACGCCCUUCGCUCCCAGAUCCAUUAUCUCCAGACGACAAUCAACGAGCUGGAGAAGCAGAACGCCGACCUUUCUUCUCGACUCUCUGGAUGUUGCUGUCAAAAGAUGGAAGACAAGAUUGGUUGUGUCGUAGAGGGAAGUGGAGUGGUCGAUGGGAAUGGCAAAUCAAUGAAGCUGGACAAGAAGACUAGGAAGAAAAAAGAUUUCAAAACAGGAAUUCUCGAACACCAUCCAAGGCGAUAUGUUGCUCUAAGAUUGAUGUAUUUUGGACAAGCAUUCAUGUUCUAA